AUGACAGUCCCUCAACCCCUUACGGUUUUGAGGGUCAGCCAACUGGAUGCCGAGCUGCUUGAUGGAGAGCUGACCGGCAUACUUCGGGACCAGCUGUUAAGCGUGUUCUCCCUGUUCAAGAGCUCAGUGAAAGAGAAGUUCGAGCCUGAAAUUAUGGCACUCUUGCAUUUCGUGAUGUAUCAGCUGUCAAUCUAUUCUACGGGCGCCACCUAUGGUCUGCAGCUACAGAACUUGAAAUACAGGGACGAAAGCCGGCACAAAGGCAGACUUGAGGUGUCCUCCGCUGAUGCUCCGCUGAGCAAGAGACAAAAGCUCCUGCAUGCGUUGUUGUGCAUCGUUGGACCGUGGGGCUGGCUACGUCUGAACAGAUACGCGACAACGCAGGGUUGGAGCGAGAUGCACGAGGCGAGCUGGUACAACAAAAUUUGGCACUCUCUGCAAAAGUUUGAGAAUUGGUAUCGAGGACUGUCCCUACUGAACUUGUUGGUGUUCCUGUAUAACGGAAGGUAUCGCUCCCUGGUAGAUCGGAUACUCGGGAUGCGCCUGGUAUAUAAGCAACGGGAGAUGUCGCGGCAAGUCAGCUUUGAGUUCAUGAAUCGGCAACUGGUGUGGCAGGCUUUCACAGAAUUCCUGAUGUUCCUGGUUCCACUCGUCAACAUCGAGAAAAUCAAGAACACGAUAAGUCAGUCAAUAUCGGGUCCGACCAUCGUAACACUUCCCGACCACCUAUGUGCCAUCUGUCACGCCAACAAUGCGAAUAGACCGGUGAUACAGGUUCCCUAUAUCACCAACUGUGGUCACAAGUAUUGUUAUUAUUGCAUCAAGACGAGCAUGAUGGUUGAUUCGUCGUACCAUUGUCUUCGAUGCGGCCAGCAGGUGAAGGAGAUCACUAGAGCGUUGGACUAA